AUGGUGGUACAUUCUAAUUUGGGAAAAUCGUUAGAAAAUGGAUUAUUAAAUAUUCCUAAUGAUAAGAUUCUACCAAACGUCAACAAUUCUGCACCGUGCGUUAUACUAAGUGAGGUAGCAUUUCCACUGAAAACAUACUUGAUGCGACCAUAUCCUGGGAAGCAACUUGACGACUUAUUUAAACGAAUUUAUAAUUAUCGU